AUGAUGGAUUUUAUUAUCUGUCUACUUAUCGAUGACAGUAGCUUCGGUCAUUUUCCAAUCAUUCUUAUAAGGUUCUUGGCUGGGGGUACAGGUGCGGUACCUGCACGCACUGUUAAGUUUUCGUAUGCGCCUCCCGAACAAGCGUGUUUAAUUAAAUAUGGAUCAGCAACAUAUCGUACACAAAUUAAUGAUCAGAUCGACUUGUCUAAACAUUUCAAAAGCAGUGUCAACAAUAAAAGUGAUGUUAAAGUCCUAAGGAAGAUCGUCAAAGAGCAACUAGCAAGACCGAAUGAUGUGGACAAACAUUUUGAUGAUAUCCGUAAAUGCUACGAACAGCCGAAGGUGGCUCUUCGUAGUCAACUAAUUGGUGUCGAUACUUUCUUUCUCAACGCCAAAGUGAAUGUGGCUGUUAUACAAAAGGAUACACGGCAACGGGAUGACGAUGAUGUUGAGCACCGAAGCCACGGCAAAAUGUCUCCAUCUUUCGAGCAGUGCGAAUCGUUCGACAUGUUUUUUUGUUUAUCGCCUCCAGAUGAUAUGGAAAAGAAAUGA